AUGUUUCGGACGCGAUUCAUCGACAGUAUGGUACAGCAAGCGCUCUGUCCAUCCCCAAUGGACAGUAUCCGAGGAAACCCAUUAUUGGAAUUCCUCACGCGAAAAAUGAGCCUCGACCUCCUCAGGGUGGACGUGGCACACGAGUUACCAGAAUAUAUGCGUAUCAUCGUUACAGAUCUUAUACAAAGGUACGAAGCUUACUCGCUCGCCACCGCAGGAGAUGUUCACUGGCUUGUUCUGGCAGCCAUGCGCAUUCACUGGCUUGAGGGCAAUUCUGCCGAAGAUUUGCUGCGGCCUUUGCACUUUUAUCGUAUCCUCCGGCAGCUUGUGCAGUCACCAGCCUUCAAAUCUCGGGUCGACGAGGUGGAUCAUGCUCCCUGGGUAUGGGACUUUUCGAACCAAAAGGAAGGGUGCAUACGUCCAUAUCCUCCGGCCGGUGGAUACACAGCCUUGAUGCUUGCUCUUCACUGCGGGAUGGAACCUGCCGCCCAGGUCCUCGUGGGUGCUGGCGCAGCUAUACUGGAAAACACAUCUACAGGCAAGUCCCCGCUAAGAGUCGCUCGCGAAUAUGCCCAAUCUCCUCACCCCAGGAGGUGGGUAAUGAUGGACAUGAGAGAGGGCAAUGCUACCUCUGUCAGCUUGCCCAUUCCUUACCACAGGGACGAUAACGAGGUGAUGUGGGUGUCGGAAAGUACCGACAAGGCUAUGUUGGAGAUUCUCCUGAAAACCCUGCGAGACAGUGACGUAGAGUUCAAAGCAGCAGAUCACUUUCCAGAACCCCCGAGUGUAUGGAAAAGAAUGAGCGGCAAAGCUCGGAACGUCUGCAGGUGGCUCCUCAGGCCUUCGUGCAGCUUCGAUGCCGAUGCCUUCCGUCAGAACAGCAUCUAUGUCCUGCUGGUGACGACGCUAUCGAUCCUGUCGAUCUUCAAGGUGCUGAGGUUUGAAUUCGGCAACUAUUUCCUCGAGGCUUCAGUCCUAGUUAGCUCGACAAUCAACAUCGACAAGGCGCCCUACAUCCAGACUGAGUCGUUGCGCCCAGAUCCCACCUUGGCCAACCAGACUCAUCCCGAUGCAUCAACGGUCCUCCAACAAUUUAUAAUCCUCACACAGGACAACCGCUUGGUGACGCAUCUCUCGGGCUCCCAGCAUACAUGCAACUUCAUUGCGACCAAGAAGAAGAUUCACGAGCUGGAGGAAGAGCUCUGGAGAUCCCUCGCAGUAGGGCCGGACGCGUUCUCAGCAUCCUCCUGCGGCCCCCACUCCCCAAGCCUCGACACCGUUCUCGAACUCGCAGACCGCUGCUGCUUUCUCACCCCAUGGGCUACGCUCCUCGCCGCAGCAGUUUAA